AUGUGUCUCAAAAAUACUUGGAUAUUUGCUGUUGAGAUGCAAUUGUAUGCUGUUUUCAUUCCACUUUUACUAUUAACUCGUAAAACAUCUCGAUCAAGUUUAAUCAUUUUACUGGCCAUAGUAUCAGCCAUAGGAUUCCUUUGCAAUCUAUUAACUGUUUACAAAUUUGAAUUACCACCUCAUUUAAUCUGGACAUUACCAGAUCCACAACAGCGUGAUCACUAUUAUAAUGUACAUUAUUUUAAACCAUGGACCCAUUUAUCGGUUUUCGCUAUCGGCAUCGGUGCUGGUCAUUUGUGUAGCAGUCGAAGUAAGAAAACUUCAUCCAAUUCAUCAUCUUCAUCUUCAUCACCCUAUGGUAUUGGGGUUACAUCGUUCCUCCUCUGGUGUGCCAGUCUCAUCACCAUUUUUUGUCUCAUCUUUCUUUAUCACACUUGGGUUUUUGGCGAAUUACCUGCUCCACUUGUUUCUGGACUUUAUGAUGGAACACAUCGAAUUUUAGUUGCCUUGGCAUUCAGUUACAUUACUUAUUCACUUGUAUCACUUGCCGAGGAUUCACCUGACUCUUGUUUAGUCCGGUUACUUGGGGGACGUUUCCUCAUUACAACUGGACGAUUAACUUUAAUUGCAUAUACAAUCCAUCCAAUUAUUCAAUUUAUCUUCCUUGGAACUCAAUCUUCUCAAUUAUUUAGUGGACCCAUAGUUGCUCUUUAUGUUGUUAUGGGCAACAUCAUGAUGACUUAUGUCCACUCAUUCAUAAUCUCAGUAUUAUUUGAAAUACCAAUUGCAACUGGAUUAAGAGCAAGAUCCAUGUCUUCAAAAGAUCCCUCAAAUUCAUUUGAUUUCAACUCUAAAAUUGAGAAGCCAUCAACUGUUAGUGGAGUUAUCAACAAUAAUAAGUCAAGUACAAUCACAAUGGUCAGCUCUAUUAAUGGCGACAUUGAAUUAUCUAAAAGUAACUUUGAACGACAUUAG